UUCGUCUCGAACCGUAGACCGGAUCGAACAACGAGCAUACUCCUCCACCCAGCUCCAGAAAUCAUUGUUCUUCUCUUGUAUUCCGUUUGGAAGUCCUCUCAUUUACUUGCGCUUACUUGAAUUGAAUUCACAAUGGCGGACGUCUCAAACCUUGAAGCCGCCUUUGAGCGCAUCACCGUCAACGACGAGAAUGAGGACCAGCUUGCUGUAACUAGCACCUAUCAUAAGCAAAAGGGCUCCGUCUCCACCGUAUCAAUAACUGCCCUCGGCACCAGCACUUCAGCCGCCAACCGCAUGAAACUCCCUCUCCAAAAGCUCGCAGCCGCCAACUCCACCAAGAUUGUCCAAGCCAACAUCACUAAGGUACCCCUCGCCUCGCAAUCCCAAGCGGUCCAAAACCGUUCAUCAGAAGACCGGCAAUCUCAUGCCCACCGCCGCACGCUUACUGAACCUGCGAUUUAUUCUCAACCCACGACCCCCAAGCAGUGGCACCUCGGAAUGUUCGAAAUUGGCAAGCCCCUCGGAAAGGGCAAAUUCGGUCGCGUCUACCUUGCCAAAGAGCGCUCUUCAGGCUUUGUUUGCGCUCUCAAAGUUCUCCACAAGUCCGAACUCCAGCAGGGCAAAGUGGAGAAACAAGUAAGGAGAGAAAUCGAGAUUCAGUCCCAUCUUGCUCAUCCCAACAUUCUACGUCUCUUCGGCCACUUCCAUGACGCCAAGCGCAUCUUUCUGAUCCUUGAGUUCGCUGGCAAGGGAGAGCUGUACAAACACCUCCGUCGCGAACAGCGCUUCCCGGAAUGGAAGGCCGCACAGUACAUUGCUCAGAUGGCGGCAGCUCUCAAAUACCUUCACAGAAAGCACGUCAUGCACCGGGACAUCAAGCCAGAGAACAUCCUAGUCGGCAUCCAUGGCGAGAUCAAAAUCUCCGAUUUUGGCUGGUCAGUCCAUGCGCCCAACAAUAGGCGUAACACCAUGUGCGGUACCCUUGACUACCUUCCCCCGGAGAUGCUUCGUGGUGGCGGCAAGGACAACUUUUACACGGAGAAGGUAGAUCUGUGGAGUUUGGGCGUGCUGACGUACGAGUUCCUCGUUGGUGAAGCCCCAUUCGAAGACUCGCAGGUCAUGACGCAGAGAAAAAUUGUCAGGGGUGACUACACUGUGCCCAGUUUUGUGAGUUCGGAGGCAAAAGAUCUGAUUAAGAAGUUGCUCGUCCUGGACCCUGAGAAGCGCAUCUCUCUUGAAGAAGUUGAGACGCACCCUUGGAUCAUCAAGCACUGCAAGGGCAGCUCCCGCGCAUAUGAACGCACUUCUGGAAGCAAAGCCCGCAGCAGCUCCGAUAAGGAGAACUGAGCUCUUCCACCUCCCUUUCAAGUCGCCUCUAUGGCUGUUUUCGUUGUUCAUUUCCGGGGAUUUAGAAAUGAAAAUAACGGCAUUUCUCACUAGGAGUACGUACGGCCGGUUGGAGUUGAGGGUCUGUCUAAUUGCAUAGCCUGGCGCUUGUGGCGAUUCGGGUUUUCUGUUCUUCUAUUGCAUUGGCAUUGCCAUGAUUCGAUUGAGUAAUGACAUCAUGAAUCCAAACUCUUGUGUCAAUAAACUGUAUGUC